UCUAUCCCUUCCUUACAUAAGCUACUAUUACUGCAGUACCUGCAGCUUGUUCCAGACAGCACAUGCAACGGGAGGGGUGCCCAUAUAUCCCCCCCGGCCAACACUGUAGUUUUUUUUUGUUACUCUACAAUAUCAAUAUAUCUAUUCCCAAACCUUCACCUGAAAGAAUGUAGAUUUGGAAACCCAAAUGCUUAUCUCUACCCCUAAGCUACUGUCAUCGUCAGAUGCAUGAGUUUCUAGGCCAGUGGCCUAGCCUCGGAAGCUUAAAGCGGAGCCCUCGGGAGUGAUCCAUUCCCUCUCGCCCACUCCCAGCCUGAGCAUGAAAGUGGUACUCUCUACCUAGGUUCUUUGGAGCUUGUGAUGCACAUGCACCAUGAGGCUCCGCCAAUCAAAUAAGAAGAAACAGUAUCGGUUGCCAGACUACGGCCUGGAUCCAGAGAACUCUGAUGCUGACGACGAUUCUUUGCUAAGAGUGGACUCAUCUGGAGACGAGUUCGUUGUUGAGGCUACCGCUGGUGGUGAGGAAGAGGAAGUUGACGAAGUACAGAGCGACGGGGAUAACGAUGACAAAAAUGACGAACGCGAUGAGUCAACACGUCGCCGCGCCUCCGCUCCAAAGGUAGCGAAGACGGCAAGGGCAAAGGCAAAGACAAGAAUAAAAUCCUCUGCGCCUCCUAAGCCGGAGGACCAAUCUGGCAAGGGACAAGCCUUCGCUGAAGUUCCGGCGUACCCAUCAGAUCCAGGUCAGAGAUGGACGAGGACGUAUCUAGGGCCGAUCAAGAGAUGGACGCGAUUCUACGAAUUGAUUGACUGGUGGUUUGGUGAUAAGCCGGAGCGUAGAAACAUCCUCAACGGCUACUUAAAACUCUGGUGGCAGCACGAACUCAUACCACCCAAGUUGACCUCCAAAGCCCAACUUUCAAGAGCUCAGAGAGGGUGGAUGCCUGAUAGUUUCGCCGGCGACCAGCGAUCAAAAUUCCAUCAAUUGUAUACUGGCCGUUUAGUUCACCAGUUUCGACAACAGACCCAAACUCAUAUCGACAAAACUGAAGCAUUUCAUAGAUUUAUCCCACAAGCUCAAGGAGAGCUGGAUGUGCUCUUAGGCCAUGUCUCGGAUCAAAAACCAUACCGUAUUCGAUACGGAGAUAGUCUUUCGUUUUCUGAUACCGGUCACCCUAUCCGUGACACUGAUGACGGAGAGAUGGUAACUGGUGGGUGGCUUCUCGACGUUGGAGGAAUUCCGGUUUCUAUGGCAUGGGCGCCCAUGCACAGCGAAGUCAACCAGCUCUUGGCGAUUGCUGUUGCUCCAUUUCAUGAUCAGGCUUAUUACCAUAACCUCCAAGAUGCCCCUAAGGAGUCUGAACAGAAAGAAGGCACAGUGCAAAUUCUGAGGUUUGAAGCAACUCGAGAUCGCCGAGGCAUUCUUCGGCCAUCAAAACACGCUCCAAGUCUAGCUCAAGCAUUGUGUUUCUCAUGGGGCCGAGUGUCAAGAAUACAGUGGUGUCCUGUACAGCUCACAGAUGAAGACGCCACUCGCCUUAUAGGUGUACUUUGCGUGGACGGCAGACUCAGAAUAAUAGGCGUCCAGAAUAUCUUAGAGCAAGGAAGCAAUGAGGUAUUUGAGGAAGUUAAAGAGCCUAUGGUUCUGCUUGAACCGCCCAAGGAGUGUUCCGUUGAGAUAACGUGUUUCACAUGGAUUAAUAUGAAUCGAGUGGCAGCUGGUCUCUCUGAUGGAUCUGUGAUGGUAUGGUCUCUUUCGCCUCCUCGGAUACUUCAGCGACAUCCAGUCCAUUCCACAGCUAUCAUCGACAUCGUCUCUGGCUAUCCCUCUGAUCCAUUCCUUGUAUCAACUGUACCUAUCGGUGGUGUCUUAACCAUAACAGACUUAAGCCACCCAAGCGCAGAAACGACAUACCACCCAAAUAUGAUGGUAUCUCUUCAACCUAAUCUCCUUGCGUGGAGUCCUCAUCUUAGGGGCUAUGCUUCGAUAUGGCCGUCAGCUUUUGCUGGAAAUCCAAACCUAACAUUCUUACCCAUCAGAGGGUUUCCUGUAUGUCGACAUUUGAUUACCGUUAACGGGCAGCCCACGUGCAUUUCUAUAGGUCCUUGUCAUCCCUUCAUCAUCGCUGGAUCCACGGAUGGUAGUAUAUGGGUGUUCAACAUUCUACGUAAACUAUCGAGCCACAGAGAGAAAACCCUCAAGUUGAAACUAUUCCAGCAUGAGUUCUAUGCGCCACCAUUCUCUAACGCCAAUAACGACGGCGAAGAAACAGCACCACGGGGCGUAUGUCGAAUCCUACAUGGGUUCCUGCCUGAACCCAAUUCACAUCCAACUGGCGUGAAGAUGGCUGAGACGCAAAGAUUAAAUCGCGAGAAAGGUGCGAAACAGGGUGAAUCCAAGGGAAAAGGGAAGGGGAAGACGACGGAGAACUCUGCAAAGUCGCAGGCUAAGACUCCGGGACAGCCAGAGGGCGAGGCCGAUGAGGAAGUGGCGAUGACCUCUGGGCCUGGUCCAAUUGUACUCUACGAGCCUCAGACGCGUAUAACGGCUGUAGCAUGGAAUCCGAAUGUCGAGUUCAGCUGGUGGGCGGCGGCGGCAAUGGGAUCCGGGCUGCUGAGAGUUAUGGACGUUGGUGCCGAACCACAGGGUAGCCAGAGAGAUAAUAAGGAAUUUGGUAUUGAUGACGAGGAUGAACAUGAUAAUGGCAUGGAUGCUAUGGAUGAAGAUGAGGUGGAUGAGGAAGAUGGCAAUGUUGAAAUGAUCUCCGAUGAAGACUGAAGAGGCUUUAGUUUACAACGAUGGCAAAGCCGUGUAUUAGAUUAGCUGCUCGUGAGAAACUUCGAUGUUUGCUGUUAACCACCGCUUUAAUAUAUUAGGCCUCCAUGAUUUCUGCUGGAUUCUGACUGAAUCGGUUGCAGAAAGUCUAUGGUCUUCGGAAUCGUAUAUAGGUAUAUUUACAAUGCAUCAAAAUUAUACUUCAUAGUGAACAUUGAGCUCCUAGGAUACUAUGAUGAUAAUCGAAAGCUUUUGCCAUACCCCUGAGAUGAGACGCCGCUGCUAGCAGGAUGAGGAUAUGAAAGAGCUGGUGGGAGUGGCCCCAGAUGUCAAAGGUUCCUGGUGAUGUUCGUUCAGGCCAACGAACCUGUUU